CUCCUCGGGAGCUGCUGCAGCAGGACGGAUGGACUCGCGGCUCUCUGGACUUGUUUUUGUCCAGUAAACCGAUUAAAAGCGUCUUUCCUCGGCCGCAGACCUCUGUCUGACUCUGUGGGCGGCUAGCAGCGAGUCUGGUCCAGAAGGUCCCACCGUUUGGUUCGGAUCGAAAUGGAGGUUGUGGUGGAGUUCGAGUAUGAAUCUCUCCAUGAGGACGAACUGACGUUGCGACUGGGCGACAUCAUCAAGAAUGUGCGCUACAUUGAGGAGGAGGGCUGGAUGGAGGGAGAACUCGAUGGGAAAAAGGGGGUAUUCCCCGACAACUUUGUGAAGGUAGUCAAAAAGGAAACAGCAAAUGAGCUAAAUAAGACUGCUGAGCCUCCGAAGAAAGAGCCAAGUAACGUGGCCAACUUGGUCAAGAGGAUGAGCCACAUCGGCAUCCCCAUUGGUGGCUUCCAGCCUCCUCCGCCUGCUGCAUCAAAAAAGCUGAAGAAGAGGCAGUGCAAGGCGGUGUUUGAGUAUCAACCAUUAAACGAAGACGAACUGGAGCUCAAACUGGGAGACAUUAUAGAAAUCACAGAGGAGGUGGAAGAGGGCUGGUGGAGCGGCACAGUGAACGGCAAAUCCGGACUCUUUCCAUCCAACUUUGUUGAAGAGCUGGAGACAACUGGAGAAGAACCAGAGCCCAAGAACACCUCGGCUAAUGUGACUGCAAAUCCCAUCAUUACCAUCAGCUGCAAAGCCUGCUCAUCCCACCAUGAAUGACGCACACAGGGAGGAAGUAAACAGCAAGCCCAAAGCUGCUGCUGGUUCUUCAGCUAAAGAAUACUGUAAAGUAACGUUUCCUUACGAGGCGAAGAACGAAGACGAGCUGACCCUCAAAGAUGGAGAAAUUGUCAGAAUACUGAGCAAGGACACAGGGGAGCCUGGCUGGUGGCGAGGCGAGGUUGGAGCCAAUAGCGGAGUUUUCCCAAACAACUUUGUCACUGUAGUGUUGGAGUCAGAGAAAGAGGCUCCAGCACCAAGAGGCUCAGGGAAGUCCUCCCAAAAACCAGAUUUGGAGCACAAAAUAAGUUUUCCUUCAGAGACACCUAUUAAACCCAUAAAGCCACCUCCACCAUCAAAACAGCCAGUUCAUAAGCCUGAAGUCCCGAGUGCUGAAAAGAAACCACCUCCUCCCAUCAAACCAACAGAAAAAGCUGACAAGUUCCCCCUAGAGCUCAAGCCCAGUAAGCCCCCACCACCAACAAUCCCAACCAAGAAACCAGUUCCCCUUCCACCCAAAAAGCCAGAGAAGCCUGUCACUUCCACACCCAGUUUCAGACAAAAUGGAGAGGUGCUUUCCACACGACUAAAGUCUGAAGUGGAGCCAGUAUUGCCUCCUGUACCCAAACCUCAGGCAGGAGACGCAGCAGAAAAGCCCUCAGAAUCAGCCGACCAGAGAUGUGAACUUUGAGAAAGUCUUUAAAAACAACAAAGAAGAUGGAGCCGAACAAUUGCCUACAGAAACCAGAAAGCCGACCAGAGAUAUGAACUUUGAAAAAGUCUUUAAAAACAACAAAGAAGAUGGAGCCGAACAAUUGCCUACAGAAACCAGAAAGCCGACCAGGGAUGUGAACUUUGAGAAAUCCUUUAAAAACAGUAAAGCAGAUGGAGCCAAACAAUCACCUACAGAAACCAGAAAGCCUCCCACCAGCAUUUUGUCCCAGUCACCGCCACUUCACAGAGUGACCGAGGCCAGGCCGGGCAUUGCAGCAGCGCUGAGCUCAGAUGUGGACGUCUCACAGAGCAUCAGAGCCCGGCUGGAGCCCGACGGGCCCAACGUUCAGCUGGACGAGUUCAGGAGCCAAGUCAAGGAGCUGCUGCUGACUGUGGAGCGGCUCAAAGCCCAGCAAAUGAAAGAGAUAGCGGAGCUGCGAGGAGAGCUGUACGAGGAGCGACAGAAGCGUCUAGCUCUGCAGAUGGAGGUAGAGGAGCUAAAGCGAGCCAUCCACCUGACGUGAAGCGUGUGGUCCAGGUGACAGCGCGCCUGCAGGCCAGCUGCCAUCGUGUGGAGCUCCGAGGAGGAAGAGGACGGGGCUGGUAACCGAACAAACGAAGAGACGGUGGUGACUCCUCAACCACCUUCAGCACAAUCCUUUUUCAAUGACCUAAAAACAACGUAUAUAUUUGUAAGAUUUACAUUUUGCACAUAUCGUGUUUUGGAGCUAGGUGUAAUUAAAAUACAGAUGUAUAUUUCUGUUCUUUUUCUUUUUUGCCAACACGUCAAGCCAAAAACAAAAACCCAGAGGCCUUACUUGUAACUACUGUGCUGGACGGUUGUGCCUCUGCUGCAGUCCUUCCUGCUCCGCUCUCAGUGCUGCUGACUCUAUGCAAAGCAGGGCCUUGUUUCCUCACCUGACUUCCAUACUUCAUUUUAUGGUGCACAUUUAUUUGAUUUUAAGGUGUAUAAUUUGAGUAAUAACAUUGUUCAGAUUUUUUUGUGUAAGGCAGCUGUCAGCAGCUGCACUGCUUCACUUAGACUUUUCUGUCUUUUUAUAUAUUUUCUAACAUUCCUGUCCAGGGUAACACUAAUGUGCCUGUAAAAAACAAAAUAAUCUAUUAAAAGGUGUUUGUAAUGUCAUGUGGAGGUUUGGCAGCAUGAUAUCAUAUGAUGUAUUUUUAAAUCUGCGGACAUGCCUUGUCAGAUGUGAUCACAUCUUUGGAAACCAGUUAUCUCCUCUUACAACCACAACCUGUUGACUGAAUCUGGAACGGAUCAGUGAUCCUAAAGCUGGUUUAUACCACCGGGGGGGCUCAGCUGUCAUGAAAUUAUUUGCUGACAUUCAGAAUGAUUUAAUUGUUCCCAGAAUCAAAAUGCAGAUUAUUUUCCUGUUUUCAUUUAUUGUAUUUAAUAAAUCGUACAAUAAAUGCAUUAGUCCAGAAUCUGAAUAUCCGAUACACUGCGUAGUGUUGUGAUGACGGGGGGGUCAGAAGUGUUUUCUAUCAGUCUUUGCUGGAUACUUUACGUGACCUAAAGUACAGAUGAUGCAUGUUCAGGAUGUGGAAGCUGGAAGUGAAGUUUUAAGGUUCUUAAUUAAUGGGAAAACGUUCCUUCACUGAAGUUCUCAAAACAUUACUAAACAUGAGACACAUUCACAUUUUUGGGGAAAGUUUUAUUAUUUUUGUACAAACAAAAGCAAAACUGAUGAACUUGCUCCCUCCAGUUUCCUCCCUGCCCUCGCCCUUUCUGCACCGGCUCAUCUGGAGGUCAAACGGUUUCUUUGAGCGUUCCACAUGCAGUGAGUGUGAUCAGACAACCAAUAAAGUUCAUGGCCAAUUUUUAAAAUGCCUGCCUAUUUUAGCUUGUAAAAGUGUAUUUUAUGCCAUGAAUGUUUAGUUUACCACCUCUGCCCACAUUAACUUUUAUUUAAAACCAGACAACUGGUCUGUGGGAGAAAACCCACGCAAACACCCCAGGUUCAAACCAGGCAUUGAACAUAGGACUUUCUUAUUGUGAGGCAACAGUGCUAACCACUAAGCCACCGUAGUACCCACCUGGACAGCCACUUCCACAUUUAUGAUUUAAUCUGCUGAAGCACAUGCUUGAAAUGAAUAUAGGCAAAUUUGGACCAUCCUUUGAGUUGUGAUGAAAUAUGAUCGCUGUGGUUUUUAGACGUGGACGUUCAUGGCCUCAGAUUCUCCCAGACAAUAUGAGACUUCUCACAGAAGAGCGCUUCCAUCCAGAUGUCAAAGUACAGCUUAGGCACUUUAGAGACAGGUUUUAGAUCACACUCAUUUCAGACAUGUUCAGAACUAAGGCAAUAAUUUGGGCAGUCUUUGUGACACACAUGAAAACAGAACCCUACAAACACUGGAAGACGUGUUGGCGAAUGCCGUCGGCCAACAGUCCCAGCCUGGUCAGAUUCUGACAAGCCCUCGGAAAGCUUUUACUUUACAAAACGUCAGCUUUUAAAAUACUUUUUUAUACCAAGCAAAGGUUAUUUUAUAACUCAGUGUUGGUCAUGUGCUGCCAUCCAUCGAAAGACGGAUCGAUCAUAAAAACCACACGUUGGGUUUUCUGAGAGCUCAACCAUCAAAAGCUGCUGUGACCCUUUUCUAUAUUUCUGAGCCAAGAUACAACAGUCAUCAGCUGGUGUUCAUUUUCCCAUUUGUCAGCCAUCAAACACCAAAACCAGCCUCGACUAUCAAUCCAGUGUCUUUAGCUAACAUUCUUUAGUUUGUUGGUGAAGUAAAAGUUUGUUAAAACUGAUCUUGUGUAAGAGGUACAACAAUCAGGACAUGAGACAAGUGGGUUACAGAGGUGUUUUCAUCUAAUUUAAAGUUACUAUCUCACAUCUGCUACUGUGUACCACAAAUGGAAAACCUUUUUCUGUGUACUUUUUUAUGUAUAGAUAUCUCACUAAUGUCUUAAAAAGGUGUAAUUGUACUUUUAAUCUUCUUAAUGUUUAAUUUCAUGAUCUAAGCUGCAGAGGGCUUUG